GUUUACUGCUACAGCUGUAACUUGUGUUGAAUUUGAAUAAAAUUAGUGAGUUUUCAUUCCGACCGUCACAAGUGGCACUAGAGUUAGCAGUACGUCUCGUGUUACUGAACUAUUAAACAUUAACCUGUUCCAUCUUACGUGGCUAAGAGUGAAAUUUUUAAAAACUUCUGUAAUGUCCUCUGCUUGUUGAGCAUAGUUAUGUAAAAUUUAAUGAAUACAGGUACAAAAAAGCUAAAUUCAACUUUUCCAUUGUUAAAAAUGAGGGGAGCAGUAAUAUUCUUCUUGUUGCUAAGAAUUGCCACUUUAUUGACGUUUGCGAUUGCCGCCAUUAAACCGCCUCCUCCUCUUCCUCCUAAUGCAGCGCAACGUACAGGUUGUCACACAAAGUGCAAGGAUCAAAACCCCCCUAAUCAAGAAUACUGUAGUCAGGGACCGAGAUAUGGCUGCACAUAUGAUUGCAUGGACGAUUGCAUGAAUCCUAAAUUUUAUACGUUUGCGCACAAAAAAGCAUGCACACAUCCUAGAAGCGACCAGAAAGAAUGUAAACCUCCUAUUUCCUGACCUCAUGGUGACGGAUUAUGGAUAAAAAAAGCUUCUUUCCGACUUUUUUUUAAUUCAACUUUUGAAAAAAUGUUUUCAAUGAUUGGAAGAACUAUAUUUAGGAGAGAAGUACCUAAUCGGACUAGAAUGAAUUUAUAUGUGCGAAGUUUUAUUUAAAGAAGAUAAUAAAUAAACGUUCUGACUCAAAUGUUA